UCUCCAUGCAUCCUAGGUGGGAGGGACUAGAACACAAUGAGAAUCAUCAUUCUUCUUCUUCUUCUUUUUCUUCUUCAUCUUCUUCAUCUGUAUCCUCCUCUUUCUCCUCCAGGUGGAGAUGUCCUCAGAGGAGGCUGCAAUGACAUCACAGCAGAGGGCUGCUGGGAACUCCGCCCACACCGGUCGGGGGAGGCCAGUGAGCGCGCUCAGAGGAACAGGAAGUGAGAGAGGAAGCAGAAGACCGCUGCAGGGGGCGGAGCCUGAGUCGUACCUGAGCCGUCUGUAUGGCAGAGCUCCGUAUGAAGGUGUGAGACGGACCCUGAAGAAGAGUCCGUACCUGCGCUUCAGCUCACCUGUCUCUCCGCUCGGCAGGAAGCCCCGCCCCCGGCUGGUGGAGAGCAUCGCAGGUGGGACCGGCGUUGUCAAUAAAGUUUUAUUGAAUGCCAACGACGUCUCUACAGAGCUCACCGUGUCUCCAUCAGGUGUGAAGGUGAAGUCCUGUAAGACUCAGACGUCACCUGGACGACCUCAGCGUCAUGACAUCAUCGGCUCCUCCCACCUGACCUCUGGUGACCUCACAGUGACUGUUCCCAUGGCGAUCCCACUGGGACGUGCCAGGAUGGACUCCUCCUCCUCCAGGUGUCUCGCCAAGUGGCAACAGGAAGUGACAUCAUCACCCGCUGCUCCUCCCACUUGUAGCAUGGUUGCCGUGGACGACGGAGCAUCUGAGUCACAGAAGCUGGAGCAGCUGGAUGCUCGUCUGCUUCCUCCUCUUCCUCCUGUUGCCAUCAUUAAGAGCAAGAGUAAAGAAGAGGAGGACGAAGAGUACGUCUUUCCUGGAACUGAAUUCCUGUCUGAUGUCGUCCAGCAGGAGGAGCUGAGCUUUAAAGGUGAGGAGGAGGUGCAGCUGGAUGGAGGUCCAUCUCCUCCUCCGGUCCUGUAUCAGGGUCCAGUCUUCCCUCCACAGACCAGAUCUUCCCUCCCCCCCCAGGAUCAGGGCUCUGUCCUGGACCUCAACUUGCAGAGAGUCGUCCUCGAGAACCGGCUGGUAGAAUGGGUGGAGCAACAGCUGAUGUCCCGGAUGAUCUCUGAGAUGUACUGCCCCCUUCCCUCUGACCCCGCCCAGAACGACUCUACUGACCGAUCAGAGUCCGAAGAGCAGAGCGCCACCUCAGACAUCGUGGAGGCAGUAGGAGGUGGAGGUUUGCAGCUCUUUGUGGACUCCAACAUGUCAGUGGACUCGGCUCUGAUCCGGCAGCUGGUUGGUGAGGUUCUGACAGAGCAAGUCGCGCUGCUGCUGGGACAGAGGGACUCACUGGAAUCAGGACUAGAACCAAGACUGGAGCCAGCAGAAGCAGGACCGGGAUCCCUUGAUGAGGACAAACUGGUUCCUACACCAUUACCGACGCCUCCGCCCAGCAGAGAGACUCCGUCCCUGGCCACGCCCCCUCCGUCUGAACCAACCAGCCUGCUGACUGACGAGUCUCCUCGACCAAUCACAUCUCCAGAGCCUGAAGCCACGCCCACCUCCAGCCCAGAGCCUGCCCCCUCUGCAGGAAUUCCUCCUGCUGUCCAUCAAGCCCCUCCCCCUCUGACCUGGGGAGACGUUGAACUGCCAUUGGACGAGGAGAGACCAGAGGAACACCUGGAUACACGCUCACAGCUGCUGGUGAUGUCAGUAGCAGAGGAGAAUCCUCUUGUCUCCUCCCCUCUUCCUCCCUCCUCCAGUCCCCCUGCUCCCUCCCCAUCUCCUCCUCCUGGUCCCAGACCAGAGUCCCCCUCCAGCUCCUCAGAGGAGUCCAGCAGCACAGUGACAGCAGAGACUGGAGCAGCGCUGAAACACAUCUCAGAGGGAGAACUGCUCCUCAGUGUCAACCAGCUGGCGGCCAUGACAGAGGAGCCUGUCUCCAGUUUCUCCAGUUCUCUUCAGGAGCUUCAUGACAUGGACUUUGACCCCCCCAGUGAAGAACACGUCAAAGACCUCCUCAAGACCAAGACGGAGCAGAGAGACACACAACCAAAGUGCUGCUGGAGGGUGGAUCAGAAUCAGGAGGAGGUGAGCGUGGGGGAGGUGAGAAGGACCAGGACAGCCCAGCAGGAACAGACGUGGUCACCUGGACAGAUGAGUCAGUGUGCAGAUGUGUCAGAAGUUAGUUUUGAAGCAACCAAUCAGAGCUCAGUUGUUGUGGGUGACCUGAUGACAGAGCCAAAUGGUACUCUGACCCCCAGACCGACGGGUCCCUGACUCCUCCUCACCUGGAGGACACACGCACUACAGGACAGCAGCCAAUCAGCAGGGAGGAUUCUUGAGGAUGGAGGUCCACCUGCCCUUCAUCACACAGGAGGAAGAGGAAACAAACUCCUCCACUGAUGAUGUUUUCUAGAAAGAGAAACCUUCAUCAUCUUCAUCGUCUGUGUUUAAACCGGCUGAUGAGGUCACAGACAGCUCACAUGACUUCCUGUGACCUUUGACCUCAGGUCAGACUGAAUACAUGUUUGAAUAAACUUUUACUUUGAAAGGUUUCAGCUGUGAUGCGUUUGUGGUUCCUUUAAUCCAGUUGUUCCCAAACAUUUUCUGUCAAGCCCCCUUUGAUGAUAUAGGAACAUUGUAAGCUCUAAAGUAUUCGUUUUUCUUUCUAAAAUAAGCACAUAUCACUUCACAGUUUAAAUAGCAAUAAUAAAAUCACUUUGCACAGCGACUGGACUCUGGAUGCUGUGGUGUUCUUUGUUCCUCUACUCGGCCAUGUCACGGGGCUCCGUGCCUCACCUCACACUUCAAACUGUCCAAUGAGAACUAUGCACACGCUGAUUCCACUGCCAGUAUUUGAUUGAUUUAUUUUCAUUUUCAACAAACUUACCAGUAACAUAUAAUCAGUCUAAAGUGAGUCAACGAGAGGUCAACGACUGUGCCGAUGCCCCGUUCUACACCAAGGAAAACAACCCGAGACUCAGCCCGUCCCCCCCCGUCCUCUUGUCCCAGCUGAUCCUCAUCUGACUCGUAAAGAAAGUUCCCAAGUUCAGAAUACAAAUUUAACCUCCAUUCAUAAAUCAAAGGAAUGUGUUUAGAUCAUACAAAUAUAUUAGCAAAUUUAGAAAUUAUGAUUUGUAAUCAAAACUAAAAAUAUGUCUCUUAACACGUGCUUUCACACAUUAUUACAUCACAUUCUGAAUAUGUAAAGUAAAAUUAACUUCAAAUGUUAAAAUUGAUGACCCGCCGACCGAGGCCAAGGAGGAGCUCAGUGGACAGACGGUCAGGACGGGAACAGAGAGAUGAUUCAGGAGGAGGAAAGGUUAUUGAUGAGAACUCAGCUGUUCUGAGUCUCACAACAGAGGAAAGGAAAGAAGCAGAGGAAAGGAAAGUAGCAGAGGAAGGUAUGAGGGAAAAUGGAGGAGGCAGCAGUAAAGGGCCGACAGCUGAAGCUGACCAGAGUCAGGCUGCUGGUCCAGAGGAGAGUGCGGGGGCUUGUGUUGUGGAGGAGGAGAUGGAGUACGACUCUGACGGUCUCUGUCACAGACUCACAGUUAU